UAUUGGCCAUCAUAUCGCCAACGCUUCCUGAACAAAAUACAUUUAUUGUUCAUGUCGCCCGGAAAGCGAAGCGUUUAAUUUCUCAACUGGGAACGGUGGACAGGACUAACUGACACCCUCACGAUGACCGCUUCAGGGUUUGUGCUGGUCGCCUUGCUCGCAUCUCAGAGUGCAGUUCUGGCCAGGGUCCUGUUGGAGCCGACGCAGGCGAGGUUGGACAGCACCAAGUUGUCUGCUACCCAGGACGGCUGCAAGGACUGCACUCAGAUCGUGGAGCUUUUCGACGACCUGAUCUCCAAAGCGAAGACUCAGGAGUUGAUCGAGAACACCCUGGAUAGCCUUUGUGCCCGCUUGUCCGGAGACGAAGCCAAGGACGCCUGUAGGAAAAAAGCGCAACAGUACCUGCCGAUAGCCCUCCGCUUCCUGGCGAAGUUCCUCAAGCCUGGUCAAGUGUGUACGUUCUUGGGACUGUGCGGCAGCCAAUCGGAGGGCAAGGAGGUAGAGCUCCUGACCAAUCACAUCGCUGAUGGUGACAUGACUAGUGUGGCCCCUUUUAGGGGCACACAUCCGGAGGUACAGUGGUCCCCUCAGUGCACGUUCUGCCUUUUUCUCGUCAAGAAGCUGGAGAGCAUGUUGGGGACGGAGAAGACAGAGGACGCCGUAGUGAAGCUGCUGAACGAGGUGUGCGCCAUCCUGCCCCACAGCUUCCGGGCCCAGUGCGAGGGCUUCAUCGCCAAGUACGCCAAGCAGCUGAUCGAAUUCCUGCUGUCCUCUGCCGCCCCCCACACCGUCUGCAUGCUGCUCCACCUCUGCCUGGUGCAGGAGCUGCCCCUCGUGGAGAUGCCCCCCCUCUCGCCGUGCGACUCCUGCCAGACCCUGACGGCGCUGUCCCGGAUUCACCUGGGCUCCAACCUCACCGAACACGGGGCGUCCUCUUUCCUGGAGUCCGUCUGCGAGCUGCACCCCCACGCCGUCCCAAAGUGCCAGAUCUUCACCCAGCGCUACGGCUCCAGGCUGCAGAGGAUUCUGGGAAAACAGGAGGAUGCCCUGGACAUGUGUGAGCGGGAGGACCUGUGCGCGGCGGGAAGCGAGGCGAUGAUGCUGGGCGGAAACCACUGCACCUGGGGGCGCGACUACGUGUGCGCAAACAUGAAGACGGCUCUGGAGUGCGACAGUGUCCUGUUCUGCGAGAAAUUUAUGUGGAACUAGCAAACCCAGGACCCAGGCAAGCUCUCCCAUUGGUUGGCAGACCACCCGGCUGCCCCGUUUUGGCUGUAGGCUACUUCUGAUGAUGCCAGAUCCACUUGUAGCACGGAUAAGAAUGAUUUAGCUUUAGCAACUCAGACUGCGAUUUAUCAAAGUCAAACAUGCUGAAACGUUGAUUAAAUAAUGAGUGAUACCGGUCAAUGAAAAUACCAAAGACAAAAGUGAUACUUUU